AUGAAUUCGGCUCUUGAGCGUGCACAGUCCCACAAAAGUUAGAGGAACCAGUGCAGUGGCCAUGGCAACCCUGUACGAGCCACAACAAGAGGGGUUUUGUCCUCAUGGGUUGCUUUGCUGAACCCUGCUGCUACUGCUCUCCUUUUAUUUCUCUUUCUCACUCUCUUUGUCUGUCACACACACUCACACACACACGAGGAGAAUGAGAAAAACCAGUCUUUUUUUUUUUUUUUCUAAAUUUUUCCCAGGGUGCAUGGUGUCCCUGCAUGGGGAGUGUUUACAGGAUGUUAUCUGUGUCAGUGCCGGCCCCUCAUCCCUCUGAGUGGGUUUCUGAGGAAUGCUGGAACUGGAUGGAGGAGUUCCAAAGGGGGAGUGACAAGAGAGACGGACAGACACUGGGAAGGAGGGAGGGAAAGAGGGAGAGAGUCUAUAUAUACAUCCCAAAGAGGCUGGUGCUCACAGGCACAGCUGGACUACUGGAUAACUGGACUGUGGCCCACUGGAUAUUUAGCUAGAAAGUUUUUGCUGUGUUGUAAGAGGAGCGAGGGAGCAGGCCGCAGUCCAACAGCACUGAACAGAGCAGAACUAAUCAGUCUGAGCGACAUCAGCGAAGAUGGCAAACCAGCUACAGAAGCUUGUAGCGGAGAGGAAGGAUAUGGUGGAGACUGUGAUGGAAGUGUUUGAACAAGGAGCCGAAGUGGUGGCCAGUAUCGCCGGCGACCUUUUCCCCGUUUUCUCCAUCGCCGCUCCGAUUGUUAAACUGGCUCUGGACAACGUGGAGAGCAAAGAGGCUGCGUUCAUGAAGGAGCAGUUCCAGAAGGUGCGCGAGCGUCUGGAGGCAGCCUCGGAGGAGAUUCAGCGCAUCAACGACGAGAUCAAGAAGAGCGGAUUGGAUGCUGUGUAUUUCCCAAUUGAGGAAAACAUCACCAACCAGUUCAGGAAGUACAUGGACAUUCUUAAUGCCAAACCCAAGUUCCGGGAGGUUAAGAAGAAGCUUUUCCUGGAGCAUUUCGCCAAGACAGGCGGUGACAAAAACCUUAUCACGCUCUACAACUCUGUGACGGGAGAUAACUUCUCUGGGGAAUCUGUGCUCGAGAUCACCCUGAACUACGAGGAGAAAAGUCGCCGGCCGGUGGAGGAUUUCUGUGCCAGGCUGAAGAAGCUCUUCUGCAUCGGGCUCAUCGCGCUAUUGGGCCAUGCUGCUCUGAAGGGAUAUGACGAGGAGGACGCGCUUCUGAAAGAGUGGGGUGAGAAGAUGAAGACUGUCCAGGAAAAAAUGAAUGCCGUCAUUGAAGACUGCAUCGUCAGCUUCCCCAAACAGGCUGAGAUAGAUUCCCGUCGACUGGUGAGAGACGACUCAAACUUAACCCACCAGCAGCUGGCUGAUGCGAUCAUAGAGAAACUGAAGAAGAAGUAUGACUGGGUGGGCUGGUCCGUGCGUAUAUUCAAGUCCCCUUCGGGCCUGUUUGCUGACAAGAAGAAUUUCCACUGCCCGACAGGGAAGACUCGCUUCCAGGUGCCGUCAUCAGAUGAGAAACUCAACGUCUGGGUGUCCUACAGCGCCUCACCAGAGCCUGUGGAUAGGAAUCACAUCCAGCAGGUGAUCCAGAGUCAGAAGAGACUCUCGGUGGUGGGUGUAGCAGAGGUCCUGUUUGAGAGGUUGCCCGGCGAUUGGGUGGUCCACACGGUCAAAACCAGCAGAGACCUGGCCUGCUCCUGGAGCUUCAAAGAUGAGCUGCACUACUGGGAGGAGCACAAGAACUUCUACGUCUGCGUUCACUCGGCUUAAAGUAUCAGACACUGAGAAAACUCACUCAUUCUAUGAUUGGAGGUUACUUCAUAUUAAUCAGAGUCUAUCGCUGCCUCUCUGCUUAUGUGCAGUAUGUGCCUUGAAACUGUAGUUAGUAACUUUUCAUAUUUGUUGUAACCCUAUUCACACAGCACUAAAUGAGACAGAUAAUAUGUGAAAAAACAAUCCUACUCUGCUGCCUUGUAGAGCUUCUAAUGGCCUUACUGCAUGUGAACGAAAGCAACCAAUCAGAGCCGAGGAGUCUCUGACGCAGCUGUCAAUCAUGUCAAUCGCUGCUCGUGAACUGCAGUCAAACUGUCAAACCAGGCAGCGCCGAUCAAAGAUGAAUCGAGAUUCUGUAGCUGCAGUGCCUCUUUCUCUCCUCAAAUGUCUUAUGAAGCACAUUUUAGUGCACUGUUUAGCUGUAGAAUGAGAACGUUGGUUCAGCCGGUGGGUGGUUAUCUAUAUCCAACAUAGCAGCAGGGUCACAAACUUUCUCAUUUUACAGCUAAACAGUGCACUAAAAUGUGUUUCUGAAAAUAUUGAACGGGCAGUAACAGAAUAUUGAUUCAUAUUUGUUCAGCGCUGCCUGGUUUGACAAUUUGAGAGCAGUUCAUGAGCUGUGAUGAUUGACAGAUCCUCUGCUCUGAUUGGUUGUUUUCGGUGCACCCCGGUCGAUUCUUGCGAAUGCUAUUAGAAGCAGAGAGAAGAGGAGGAGGGACAUGACAUCUCUCUCAUUUACAUCUUUCAGAAUAAAGCAACAGUUUUAGCAAAGUUACUUUUAUAUAAGUUACCAACUGUAGCCUUAGUUGAAUCUCUUUAAUAGCCUCUUUUUACUGAAUAUUAUUCUCUUAUUCUACAAGUGUUUACUGUUAGUUUCUGGCAGACAUGGGGGUCAUCAAGUCAAGUCAGGCUUAUUUAUAUAAACCAAUAUCACAAAUCAGAAAUUUGCCUGAAGAGGCUUUACAAUCUGUGCAGCAUACAAAACCAUCUGUCCUUAGACCAUUGAUACAGACAAGGAAAAUAACCUCAGGAGGGAUCCUCCUUCAAGGAUGGACAGACAUGCAACACUGCAGAUGUCGUAUGUACAGAGUAACAUAAACUAGAUUCAUUUUAAAAAAGAAAAAUGACUUUCUUGAUGUGACGCAGCUGUGCUUUGUUUGUCUCUGAGAACAGACAGAAGAGCAUAACCCCUCUGUUUAGGCUGUAUUACUGUAUAACCCAUUGUCUCUUUUUGUUAGGAAGUUGGUCAGCUGGGUAACAUAUUAAUCAACAAGUUGACAGUCACAGAGAAAUUCUGGUGUAAGAUUUACAGCUGUGUUUUCUGCUGUCGCUAUAAAUUCCAGGGGGACGUGGCUGUCUCGUUUUGGGAGAGUUGUUGACUAAGAACCCGGCUGUCAUACAGAGAUUAUGUGUUGCUGGCAGUGAUAAGCGGUGACCUCGCCUCGCCUUGUCGAGGACGUGCACACCAAAGCUAUGAGUGAAAAAAACGUCUUCAGACAUUUACAGAGAGACCGUAACAGAAACCUUCAUUUUGAUUUCACAUGACAAAAAUAGUUCACCUUGUUACAGCAGGAACAAAGCACGAGGAAGCACAAGAGACAAGGCCUCAAACAUGUGCUGUAGUGAAACUUUAUUUACACACCCUGCCACGAACAUGCCGAGGCGUAGUCACAACGACACUUUGUUUACAUACAGAUGCCUAGCAUAGCCAUUCCUGUGUCACGUCUUUACCUGCGUUGGCCAACACAAACUGGAAAGCUGUACCUGCUCAGAGGUUGGGGAUGUACUUAUAGGUAUGGGAACAAAUGGGUAGAUGAAUUUUGUACAGUGUGUUUGGGAUAUGGGAUCUUUUUUUUUUUUUUUUUCAGAGAGAGAUUGAUCAAAAUUUUGUAUAAUCUGACCACGAGAUCAACACUACGUUUUAAGAAGAGUUACAAUAUGUCACCGUAGGAAGACACCACUGACCUGUUUUAAUAGUUUAGAUCACUUGUUUUAUAUUAUAAACCCCUGUGUUUCCUCUUUGUGUGUGUUGUUUAUAUGUUAUCAUUUAAGUUUAAUACAUUUUUAUGAACAUUUUCUUGUUUGACCAAAACAUGCCCCAUAUUUACUGCCAAAUUAUUGAUUAAAAAAUGCACUGUUUUGUAUUAUUUCUAUUUCCAUACAGUAUAUUUGGGUCAUCAGUGUCUCAGAUUUAAAAUCCUUUUGGUACACCAAAGCAACGAAUGUAAUAAAUCUUCCAAAUAAACUCAGACGUACAUCGCU